AAAGGUUACCGCCCAAUGGAAAGUGAAAGUUAUAAAAACAUUUUUGUAAAUAAGAGCACACAUUGUGAUCCAGGGAUGAAAGGACAGCUGUUACUUCAUCUAGUUUUCCAAGUUUUUUGGAUUUUCGUGUUUGCUGAUGUUUGGAAGGUGAAAGUAGAGCACGAAAUGAAGGCUUUGGUCUCAUCUUGUGUUGUGUUGCCCUGUUCAUUCCAAUAUCCCGGAACAAGACAGCCCUCUGCUCGUACGAGAGGUAUUUGGCACAAAAAAGACAAAUGGGAAGACUACGUCUAUUAUGAGGAUAAAACAAGAAUCUUAGACAAUUUCAAGGAUCGCACCAGAAUGGUUGGACGACUGGGUGAUUUAAACUGCUCACUGGAGAUCGAUGAAGUGAAAAGCCAUGACAACGGCCCAUUUUGUUUUAGAGUUGAAUUAGAGACAUCAGAAAAAAACAGAUACUCCUUUGUGGAAAAUUGUGUACACAUUAGUAUGAUUGAGCAAGCCUCACAACCGGAGCUGCAUUCUGAUCUGGCUGUACAGGAGGGUCAUCCUGUGAUCUUCAGAUGCUCUGUCAGACACACCUGCCCCUCCCACCAGCCCACUCUCACCUGGAACCACAAUGGCCAUAACAUGAUGAGCUAUAAGGAAAUGGGUCAUGGGAACUGGGAAGUUGAGUCUAUUCUGACCUUCACACCCACAAAAGACGACGAUCACAGCGAUAUCAUGUGCACAGUCAGUUACCAUGGUGUCAAGGAUAAAUUAGUAGCCAGUCGUCCCAUCUUUGUGCAAGCAGAACAAACUGAUGUCAACCACAUCCUGAUUCCAGUCUUCUGUGGUCUUGGAGCCGCUCUACUGGCUGGAGGACUGUGUUUCUUUAUAGGCAAAAGAUGCAAUGAGUAAACCGGUAAACCGGAGUACCUGGUGGAAACUCAUGCUGACACAUGAAGGCCUCUUGAAUCAGCCGAGGCUUAAAACAAGGACCUUAAUAUAUAGCAAUAACAUAUAUGUGCAUACACGUACACGCACAUGCGCACGCACACACACACACACACACACACACACACACACACACACACAAUACUGUGCAAAAGUCUUAGGACACCAUGCUAGAAUUAGAUUUGUUGUUUUUGCGAUGUUAUAGUGAUCAUAAUUGUUUCUCAGUCUCUUUAAUAGAAUACAGGAAAAAUACAGGAUAUGUGUAUAUAAUAUUAAAAACUGUAUAAGAAUAUGUAAACUAAUGUGUCAACUCCCCUUCCAGGAAACUGCAGGAUCUCUUAAACCUAAAUAAAAUUAAAUCCUAAUUUCUCAUUUUAAAGAAAUUAUUCUUUUAACUUCGUUCUGGUCAAAAACGCUCAAGAUGUGUUUAGUGCCAAGAGAGGUCACACUAAACACAGACGAAGCCUAAAGAAGACAUUUAGUCCUGAUUUUCUUUGUACAUAUUUCCUGUAUUUUCUGUUUGUAUCUUAAUAAAAUAAAUUGAAAAAUAAAUAUGGAUGGACACUAAAACUUCUAAAACAACAAGUCUGGUGGUGGUGGCCUAAGACUUUUGCACAGUGCUGUAUAUAUGCACCCAAUACAUACAGUACACUAUAUAUAUAUAUAUAUAUAUAUACACAUUAUAACUUGUUAAAGACCUGUUUGUGUAUGUAUAAUAAUUACACUAUAUUCGAAAGGGUCAAAUUUCCACACUAACAUGCAUGUAUAUAUAUAUAUAUAUAUAUAUAUAUAUAUAUAUAUAUAUAUAUAUAUAUAUAUAUAUAUAUAUAUAUAUGUAUAUAUAUAUAUAUUAUUCAAUUUAUUGUAUAUUCAUUUUUAUUUGCAUAUUUCCAAUUAUACAUUUAAUUUACUCUUGUUCUAUCUUGUGUUGUGGUCUGCAUUGUCUUCACAAAUAAUAGUUUAUAUAAAUAAUAGUUUUCAUUAAAAGAUUUUUAACAACAUCCUAAAUCAUUGUAAAGCAGUAAAUGUUGAUGGAUUUUGCUUAGUAGGCUACAUACUAAUAAAAUCCAAAAAAUACCUACUGAAUUAAAAUAAAGCAAUUUUCCAUAUUUUUUAUAGCUGUUUUACUUUUAUGUGUAUAAGUACAUUUAGUUUUACUUCAUUAAGUUGUGUUUUGGGAUAAAGGAAAUGUCUGUAAAAUUAACAGAAAAUUACCAGCAUAUUGUCUAUUAUGUUUUAUUACAGUGCGUAACUCCUGUUAAAUAAGGUCAAAAUGAACAUUAAAAUGCCAUGCGACUAAAAUUAUUCAAUAAACCAUUUUCAUUGUAUUCUGU